AACGAAGUAGCUGCACCUGUGGACAUCUCCCGCAGACGGUCUCGCGAUCCCCUCCGGAGAAGAGCUGCUGUAGCCUAUUCCUGCCUGCUCGCAGCCUUCCUUACCUGCUGUCCACGACGAGACUGGAACGAGGGACAAGACGUGAGAAGCCGAGGGCAGUGAAGUAGUUCGCCACCAGCUGACAACUUCGGACUGUAAACAUCUCCCUGAGCCGUAUCACCAACCACACACAUUCACAAUGGCUUUCAGAAGAACAAGUUCACAGAUCUGUAUCGUGCUGGCCACGUUAUGCAGUUUGGUGUAUUCACAGACCUAUCCAAAUCUUUUCACCAACCUUCUUGCCUCUCAGCCAUCAGGCGGCAGCUUGGAUCCCUCCCUGAACGCCGGCAUGCCACCCCCUGCUCCCGCAGGCACCCCUGACCUCUCGAGUCUGCUCACACAGAGUAACCCGACGAGCCAGCCAAGGAGUAACCCUUUGGUGCCCACCAACACAGGCUUCGCUACCGGCUUGCCCAACGCUCUGCCCCCUAACCCAAGCUACCCAACGUUGUCAAGCCCUCAAACUGGAUACCCCAACAUGCCCGCCCCUCUGCCGCCACCUAAUCCCCUACAGAGAAUAUUUCCAUACCUAUUGAUGUCUGGCCGUGACAUUAACCCGCUCUCGAUGCUGUUCAUGGGCCGUGGCUCACCGCUGAUGCAGAGCCCACUCUUAAUGUGGAGCUUUCUGAACAACAUGUAAAAAAACCCAACCUAGCAAUAACAACGAAACAGACAUACCAAUAAAAAAUCAACAUUUGUUGCAAACAGAAGUUUUCGGAGAGAAGUACAUUUUUUUAAUCAAGUCGACGUUUUGGUGGGAGUUUAUUAAUUUUUUUUUUACGAAACAGAUUGUGAUGUAUAAUUGUGACUUAUUGCCUUACUUUGAAAACACAUUUAAUGUGGCUUUGAUUUAUGGAUAGUUUCGAAAUUGUUGGUGUUGAUUACCACCAAUUAACUGGCGUCGUGUAUCAUUUUGGAAACUACCUCAGUACUUCUGAAUGACGCAAACGAUUGAUAAAUCCUGUGAACCUUACGGCCAGUGUUAUCGACUCUGCUGCUAGGAAGGAACGUAAGGAGCAACGAUUAAAUCAGUAAUGAAUACUGGUUUUAUCUGACAGGUGUCUUUGAGUGUGAACACUUUACUUAUAAAAGAUGCUAAUUUGUUCUUAUAUUUCUGUUACAAUAAAUUAUAUUACGGCUACACUCA